AUGGAGAUGUCGCUGCAACUGCAAGUGCACUGCAAAACGACGGCGUUUUGCGAUAGAAGAAGCUUUUUUCAGCUGAAGAAGACGACGCCAUUUGGUGCUCCGGCCUUCUUUUUCUUCUCUCCUCACGGAGCAUCAACUUGGAGACGUGACUUCAAGGCUGGUUGUGUUUCUUCUUGCAUUAACGCUAGUUCUUCAGGAAAGAGGAAAAAAAAAAGUACUGGAAUCAAGGGUGAUUCUUUGACCCCAACAGUUAGUGAGGUGUCAGGGGAUGAUAAGAAAACCCUUGAUGUUAACAUUAAUGCCGAGGAAGACGGCGCCGUUGGAGAACAUGCAGAAGUUUCUGCAAUUGAUGAGGGGAAUGUUGUAGACACUUCCAUUGGGGAUGUUGCGAAUGGAAAAGAUAAAGAGGCAAAGCCACUAGACUAUGAAGAAAUUCAUGUUGAUGAUGAAGUAAACGAAGAAGAAGCUUCACAUCUUUUCAAGUUAGGGUUGGAAGCAAAUUAUCGUAAACAAGAAAUAGAGACGAUUGCAGAGGAUAACAUUUCACGGGGGAACAAGCUGUUUGUAUAUCCUGCCGUAGUUAAGCCCAAUCAAGAUAUAGAACUGUUCCUUAACAGGAGUCUUUCAAUUUUAAGUAAUGAGCCAGAUGUUCUGAUUAUGGGUGCAUUUAAUGAUUGGAAGUGGAAGCCUUUUACUAUAAGGUUAAAUAAAACACAUAUUAAUGGUGAUUGGUGGUCUUGCCAGGUGCAUGUUCCAAUGGAAGCUUAUAAGGUAGACUUUGUGUUCUUCAAUGGGCAAAGUGUGUAUGACAAUAAUGACAAAAAUGAUUACUCGAUACCUGUUGUUGGUGGAAUGAAUGCAAAUGCAUUUGAAGAUUUCUUACUUGACGAGAAACGAAAAGAAUCAGAAAGGCUGGCAAAGGAACAGGCUGAAAGGGAAAGACAGGAAGAAGAGCAGAGGCGAAUUGAAGCAGAGAGAAUUGCUCAAGAAGAGGACAGGUCACUGGCUAGGGGGGAGAUCGCGAAAAGGAGAGAAGUGUUGCAGCAAUUGAUGCAAAAGGCUGCGAAAUCCGUCGACUCAGUUUGGUAUGUGGAACCUAAUGAAUUUGAAGGCAAGGACUCGGUCAGAUUAUGUUAUAACAGAAGCUCUGGACCUCUUACACAUUCAAAUGAAGUAUGGAUUCAUGGCGGGUAUAAUGAUUGGAAGGAUGGAUUGUCAAUUGCUGAAAGGCUUCUCAAAUCAGGUUCAGAAGAUGGUGAUUGGUGGUAUGCUGAUGUUGUUGUGCCUGAUGAAGCCGUUGUCCUGGAUUGGGUCUUUGCUAAUGGUCCUCCUGGCAAAGCAAAUGUGUAUGAUAACAAUCGCCGUCAAGACUUCCAUGCUAGUGUCACAAAGUUCACACCUGAUGAAGAGUAUUGGGCUGGGGAAGAGCAGUUGGUAUACCAAAAACUCCAGCAGGAAAGGAGGCUAAGGGAGGAAGCUAUACGUGCCAAGGCUGAAAAAACAGCUCUCAUGAAAGCUGAAACUAAGGAAAGAACUUUGAAAAGAUUUUUGCUUUCUCAAAAGCAUAUUGUCUUUACUGAGCCUCUUGAUGUUCAAGCAGGGAGCACAGUGACAGUAUUUUAUAACCCCUCUAACACAAAUCUGAAUGGAAAACCAGAGGUUUGGUUUAGAGGCUCAUUUAAUCGUUGGACCCAUCGAAAUGGUCCAUUGCCACCUCAGAGAAUGUUGCCUGCAGAGAAUACUACUCAUGUCAAAGCCUCUGUUAGGGUUCCACAAGAUGCAUACAUGAUGGACUUUGUAUUUUCUGAGAGAGAAGAUGGUGGAAUUUUUGACAAUAAAUUUGGAAUGGAUUAUCAUGUACCUGUUUUUGGAGGUAUUGCGAAGGAACCACCUAUGCAUAUCAUCCAUAUUGCUGUUGAGAUGGCUCCAAUUGCAAAGGUAAGUUAGCUUGUUCAUGUUAUGUCUAUCUUAUCAUUCUAUUGUCAAUUUUUGGGGGUGGAUGUCGACAUUGUUCUUCCAAAGUAUGAUUGUUUGAACCUGAGCAAUGUAAAAGACUUUAAUUUUCACAAAACCUAUUUUUGGAAUGGGACUGAAAUAAAAGUCUGGCAUGGAAAAGUGGAAGGCCUUUCUGUCUACUUUCUCGAGCCUCAAAAUGGAUUCUUCAAUACUGGCUGUGUAUAUGGUUGUCAGAAUGAUGCUGAAAGAUUUGGUUUUUUUUGUCAUGCUGCUCUUGAAUUUCUACUUCAAAAUGGAUUUCAGCCUGAUAUAAUCCACUGUCACGAUUGGUCAAGUGCACCAGUUGCAUGGCUAUCUAAAGAACAGUAUACACAUUAUGGUCUAAGUAAAGCAAAGGUUGUCUUUACAAUUCAUAACCUUGAAUUUGGAGCCCAACUCAUUGGAAAAGCUAUGGCUUAUGCUGACAAGGCUACAACUGUAUCCCCCACUUACUCUAGGGAGGUUGCUGGAAAUCCUGCAGUUGCUCCACAUCUUCACAAGUUCCAUGGUAUAAUAAAUGGAAUUGACCCAGAUAUAUGGGACCCAUAUAAUGAUGAUUUCAUUCCUGUACCAUAUACAUCAGAAAAUGUUGUUGAAGGCAAAAGAGCUGCUAAAGAAGCCUUGCAACAAAGGCUUGGCUUGAAAAGAGGUGAUCUUCCUUUAGUGGGAGUUAUUUCCCGGUUAACUCAUCAGAAAGGAAUCCAUCUCAUCAAGCAUGCCAUGUGGCGCACCCUAGAACGUGGUGGACAGGUUGUAUUACUUGGUUCAGCUCCAGAUCCUCGUAUUCAACGCGAAUUUGAGGAUUUAGCCAGUCAAUUGCAAUCCGCUCAUCAUGACCAUGCUAGAUUCUGUCUUUCUUACAAUGAGCCUCUGUCACACUUGAUAUAUGCUGGUGCAGAUUUCAUUCUAGUUCCUUCAAUUUUUGAGCCAUGUGGUCUUACUCAGCUCACAGCAAUGAGAUAUGGCUCAAUACCUGUAGUACGAAAAACUGGAGGACUUUACGAUACUGUAUUUGACGUUGAUCAUGACAAGGAUAGAGCAGAGGCACAGGGUCAUGAACCAAAUGGGUUUAGUUUUGAUGGAGCUGAUGUUGGAGGUGUUGAUUAUGCUCUUAAUAGGGCAAUAUCAGCUUGGUAUGAGGCUCGUGAUUGGUUUAACAGUUUAUGCAAGGCAGUGAUGGAGCAAGACUGGUCGUGGAACCGACCUGCUCUUGACUAUCUGGAGCUUUAUCAUUCCGCAUGCAAGUUAAUAGACGGAAAGGGAGGUGCAAAUUAAGUUUCUUCCGUUUGUACAGGUUUCUAGUAAGUGGCAGUAGAUAAAUUGAUUGCAUAUGGUGAAUCCCACUCGAAAAUAAUUAAGAGGUGACGUGCUUUUACGGAUGAGCUUCAAAUGGUUCAUUUUUAUUAGCUUGCAAUAAAAUAAGUUUUCUUCUACACAAUUGGGUACUUAUAAGUGACUAUGCCUUUAGACAAAUUAGAUUAUUGAACCCCUGAAUUGUGAUGUAAUAGUUUUACAGGUAUAAGGUGUUCAAAUUUUGCUUGAGCUUAAAUAAUGUCUAUUGGCAACGAAUAAUGUUGUGUAGAGUAAAAAAUUUUGACCGAUACUUGCCAUUCCACACUUGAUCUGGAAGAUCGAGCUAUGCCUAUACAUUGUUAGAAUGAGAAACUCCUAUAAGUUGUGUAGUCUGUAGUGAUUGCAAUUAUUUGGAGAAUAAGACAAUUAUUCAGAUGUUAACAUUGAAAUUGGGAAAUUGCAUGAAUUCUUGUUGUUGCUGAAUGUUAAUUUGGAAGCUUUGUGAUU